AUGAAGACGACGCUUGAUUUUGCAGACAAUUUCGCCACCACACAUCCCAAAAGUGUCUUUUUCCGAGCUGUACUGCUGUCCCUACUCCAAGAAAAUGCGGUAGAGGAAGCAAAUACAUUGUCUUUUAAUUUGUGUCAGCUUAACCCAGUUUUGUCUCCAAAUGACAUGAAUUUCCGGGCAAGGAAGGCAGCUCUUAAGUCAUGCUAUUUUCCAGAGCAUUUAUGCAUUCUUAAGGAGUGGAAUUCGCUUUUGUCCGAAAUCGAGAGUGGUGUAAACAAGAUGCAGGCUUCUGCAAAGGCUUUUGAAGUUCGUGACAUUCCCGCCUAUAUGGAUCUGAAGGCAAUGCGAAGAGAGAUGAAGGUUACCAAACGGGUUUGGGAUUAUAUAAACAUGUUUGAAAGCUAUGUAACUGCUUGGAAAAAGGCACGGUGGAAGGAAAUCGAGUUUAGCGCCAUUGACGAGGUAAGAUUCGACGAGCUUAUCAAAACCCUGGCAUAA